UAAUACUACAAGAAAGGAAACUCGUUGACUAAAACGAAUAGUUGUAGUAUGUAGUUUGUGAUAAAGUUUGGAGAGUGUGGUGCUACGUGUUGAAAGCUUAAUGAUGUGGGAGGAGAACUAAGUCCUCCAAAUGUCCGGUUACUAGUCGGCCAGAGGUGUUUAUGGAAGACAUGACCUUUUCACAUGUAGUGGAGUGAUAUUAAUAUAUUUCCCUGUGUAAAAAGAAAGGCGCCGGCGGUGAGUCGGGGAUUCGGGCAGGGUUGGGGGGAAGCGGAGAGUAGUGGUCGUUGGUUGGACUCUGGUGGGCUGUGUGCGCCUCUAUCUGCGGUCCUCAAUCAAAUACUGCUGUAACAGUUGGCUGGUAGUAUGACGCAGGAGGCGGUACGAGUUAGAGUGAGGGACAGCAACAAUGCUACUGAGGAAGGGGAUCAAGAAUUCAAGAAUACGAAUUUUUUGUCUAUCCUAGCGACUGAGGAUCGAGACUUUCUGCUAUCUGCAACUGGAUCUCAGGUUUGAUGUAGAAGGUAUUCCUUCCCUAAUUAUUCUACAACCUGACAAUUACAAAGUCGAUGAAGCAAUUCAUGAUGGAGUUGAACUCCUGUACCGCUAUGGGAAGCAGGCCUUUCCAUUUACUAAAGAGAGGUUGCAGGAACUACAGGAGAGAGAGAGGGAGAAGCAUGAAAAUCAGACGUUAAUGAAUCUGUUAACGAGCCAAAAUCGAGAUUUUCUAUUGGGUCACUCAACAUCCAAACUGGUCCCAGUUGCAUCCUUGAAGGGUAAGACAGUUGGACUUUAUUUCUCAGCGCAAUGGUGUUUUCCGGGGGUGAAGUUCACUUCUAGGUUGAUAUCUAUCUACCAAAAAAUCAAAGAAGUGCUGCUGGGAAAAGGUGGUGAAGACUUCGAAAUAGUUUUUGUGUCAACUGACCAUGAUGAAUUAUCUUUUAACUUAUUUUUUGGGACCAUGCCAUGGCUAGCAUUGCCUUUUAAUGAUCCGACCAUCAAGAACCUUACUAAACAUUUCGAUGUUCAAUGGAUCCCUAGCUUGGUAAUUCUAGGCCCUGAUGGAAAAACAGUGACCAAGAAGGGAAGGAAUCUGGUAAACCUGUACCAAGAAAAUGCUUACCCGUUCACUGAAGCUCGAACGGCAUUGCUGGAGAAGCAAAUGGAUGAAGAAGCUAAAAGCCUGCCCAAAUCCAAGUACCAUGUGGGACAUCGCCAUGAGCUCACGCUAGUGUCUGAAGGCAGCGGAGGAGGACCUUACAUUUGCUGUGACUGUGAUGAGCAAGGACUUGGAUGGGCGUAUCAGUGCAUGGAGUGUGGCUAUGAGGUGCAUCCUAAGUGUACGAAGUCGGCGGAGAGACCUCCUGGGAGCGAUAGACAACGUUCUUGAAUGAUUGACCAUAAUGGGCUAGUUCUGUUGGGUCCUAUCGAAUCUAUAUCAUUGCUGAGUACUGCGUAUGGGCAAGAAAAAUGGUUCAUUUUCAUCUGAUGUAACAAAGGAAUGCAUUUAUAGGUUGUGGAUUGAGUGAGCUAUAGUUUAAAAGUAAAAUCCUGUUCGCCAAAAAAAGGUUUUUUAGGGGAAAAUUCGCCUACCAUGUGUGUGGCUUUUACGUCCGUUAUUGUAUAUAAGCAAAUUCUAAAAAGAAAACCAUAAUGGUUAUGACCCAUGAAUGUAUUCUACGACCCAUAACAUUAUGUUCUUGUACAUUUUCACCCAUUCUGUCCCCAUGAUGGCAAAUUCUAAUUGUUGAAUCAGGUACAAAUGUUACAUUAGUGUAUCUUCAAAAGAAUGUAGCGGUUAGAGAUGCAAGUAGUGUUACUCAAUGUUAAUCAACAUAACUGAAAAACAGAAAUUUGAACAGAGUCCGAAGAUUUGCCGCCAAAUCUGGUUGCGAAUGAUGGUAUUGGACUAGGCCGUGUUAUAGAAGCUCUGGACGAGCAAGAAGAAGAUGAGCAACAAAUUAAUGACGAGGAAUGUUCAAGCUUUGCACCUGUUUAACAACUUCAACCGCAAGAUUGCUUACCUGAGCUGUCUCAACUCGGCCACAGGAACCCUCUCCGAAGCAAAACAAGCCCACGCAGGCGCCCUCAAAGCAGGCCUCUCUACCCAACCCCAUGUCGCCACCAAGCUACUCGCCUUGUACGCCAGCCACCAAUGCUUCACCGAAGCAGAUAUCCUUCUGUACUCACAUCCUCAACCGGAUCUCUUUUCUUUCACAACCCUCAUUAAUGCUUCUUCCAAAUUUAAAAAUUUCCAUCGCACGCUUACUUUGCUUGUUAAGAUGCUUUCGGGACGUCUUUUUCCCGAUACUCAUAUCCUACCCAGCACUAUCAAGGCCUGCGCUGGAUUAUCAGCCCUUAAAUUGGGUCAUCAACUUCAUGGCUUUGGUUUAGCUACUGGGCUUGCAUCAGAUUCUCUUGUUGAAUCAUCUUUGGUUCAUAUGUACAUUAAGUGUAGUGCACUGAAGUAUGCACAUAACGUGUUCAAUAGAAUGGCUGAGCCAGAUGUGAUAUGCGGGAGUGCAUUAGCGUCUGGGUAUGCGAAGAAAGGAGAUGUCAGUAAUGCCACUAUGGUGUUUGACGAGAUGGGAAAAUUGGGAAUUGAGCCAAAUUUGGUAUCCUGGAAUGGUAUGAUUGCUGGGUUUAAUCAGAGUGGGCAUUUCCUGGAGGCGGUAUUGAUGUUUCAGAGGAUGCAUUCAGACGGUAUUGAGUGUGAUGGAGUUAGUGUUUCUAGUGUUCUUGCUGCAGUUGGUGACUUGGAGGAUGUCAUCAUCGGAGUUCAGGUUCAUGGUUAUGCAAUCAGACUUGGACUUAGAUCAGAUAAGUAUGUUGUCAGUUCACUUGUAGAUAUGUAUGGGAAAUGUGGAUGUGCUCUGGAGACGUUGAGAGUUUUUGAAGAAAUGGAAAAAAAGGAUGUGGGUGCUUGCAAUGCGUUGAUUUCUAGCCUUUCUCGAAAUAAUAUGGUAGACGAUGCAUUAAAGACUUUCAGAAAAUAUAAGGGUCAAGGGAUGGAAUUGAAUGUGGUUUCCUGGACCUCCAUGAUUGCUUGUUGCUCGCAGCAUGGCAAACAUCCUGUGGCUUUAGAACUUUUCAGAGAAAUGCAGAUUGCCGGUGUGAAACCAAAUUCUGUAACAAUCCCUUCCUUGCUUCCAGCUUGUGCCAGUUUUGCUGCAUUAGCACAUGGGAAAGCAGCACAUUGUUUCUCACUUAAGAGGGGUUUUACUGAUGAUGUUUAUGUGUGCAGUGCUCUCAUUGACAUGUAUUCUAGUUGUGGUAGGAUCAAAGCAGCUAGACAGUGUUUUGACAGGAUGCCUAGGCGUAAUUUGGUUUGUUGGAAUGCAAUGCUUGGUGGUUAUGCAAUGCAUGGGAUGAUAAAGGAAGCUAUCAAUAUCUUUCAGUUGAUGCAGAGUAGUCGACAACUACCAGAUCUUGUGAGUUUUACGAGUCUUCUCUCUGUAUGUAGCCAAUGUGGUCUUGUGGAAGUAGGGCAGAGUUACUUUAAUAGCAUGUCUAAAGAUUAUGGAAUUGAAGCUAGGAUGGAACAUUAUGCUUGCAUGGUGAGCCUUCUUGGGCGUGCGGGAAAGCUUGAAGAAGCUUAUUCUUUGAUGAAUGAGAUGCCAUUUGAGCCAGAUGCAUGUGUUUGGGGUGCUUUAUUAAGUUCCUGUCGGGUUCACCAUAACAUGCAACUGGGAGAAGUUGCUGCAAAUAGAUUGUUUGCUCUGGAACCAAAGAACCCUGGGAAUUAUAUUCUCCUAUCAAAUAUUUAUGCUGCCAGAGGAAAAUGGACUGAAAUGGAUAAAGUCAGGGAUAUGAUGAAGCGUGCAGGAUUGAAGAAAAAUCCAGGAUGUAGCUGGAUUGAGGUCAAAAACAGGGUGCAUAUGCUUUUAGCAGGAGACAAAUCACAUCCUCAAAUGGCGCAGAUUUUAGAAAAGCUGAAUAAGUUGAGCAUGGAAAUGAAGAAAUCGGGUUAUCUGCCUGAUACUGAUUUUGUGUUGCAAGAUGUGGAAGAACAGGAGAAGGAGCAUAUCUUAUGUGGCCACAGUGAGAAGUUAGCUGUAGUUUUUGGGAUAUUGAACACCAGUCCAGGGACUGCUCUAACAGUGAUGAAGAACCUCAGAAUUUGUGGGGACUGCCAUACUGCAAUUAAAUUCAUUUCCCGCAUUGAAAGGAGAGAAAUUUUAGUCAGAGACACAAACCGAUUUCAUCACUUCAAAGAUGGUGUCUGUUCAUGCGGGGACUUGUGGUGAUUCAGAUUCAGGCUUAUACAAAAGUUUGUCAUAUUGGUGCUGCAGGAAAUUACCCCGGAGAUCUGGAGCUUGGAAUCGGCGAAACUCACUGCAGAAUCCUGACAAUUGAAGCUUUUACCUGUUACGUUCAAGCUGAAGAGCAAAUUAUAAUCUGAAAAAAUGCUGGCUGUCAAUAAGAGUGUCAAAAGAUAUCUUAUCUGUUACUUCAGGUAUCUUCUGCCUCAGAGACUCAGAGAAGCUCCAAGAUUCCUGUUUUGAGUAUGCAAGUCAAGAAAUAUGAGGUCAUCAUUGUUAAAUGUAACAAGGAUGACACUGUUUAUUCUUGUAAUGGCCAUUGAAUCACUGUUGUCUGGUGGAAAGAAAUUAUUUUAGUGAAAUACUCUUUUGUAUUAGACAUGCCUGAAUAGUAUCAAGUAACAAAAUGCAUACUUCAGGCCGGUGGAUUGACUGCUGGACAUUUCAUACUGAUAGGAAGCUUCACAGCUGGAGGGUUUAAAUUUUUCUUUGUACAGUGGAAUUCAAUUCCUAAGUAGCAGCAGCAUGCCAUUUCAACAGGGCACACGGUAGAAAUCUGGCACCAGAAAAUAAUCCAAAAAGGAGGGUAUGCUGACAUGACUGAUGAUUAUGGAGUAUAUGUUAGGUCUUACGGAAGAUCAAUUUUAAGGGCUUGCUUUGAAGCUAAUGGACCUUUUUGCCACUGAGUAUGCAUUUAUAUCUGCAAGCUGAUACACUUGGAGAGCAUGAUGGUAAGCAGGUGUGCCUUAGAGUAGCAAACAAACUUAUCUGGCAAUAGUUGGUUUGCUGCAUUAAAUGACAGGGUGCAAAGAAUGCAUCGAAGAAUAAAUUCUUCAAGGGUUCACGUUUAAUUAUGCAACUGUUAUGAUGCUGUUCGUGGAAAUAUGGUAUACUGAUGGGUAAUGGGGCCUCCCUCCUUGGUUGUUGGACUACGAAUAUUUUGCAGCAAUUACACAGAUGAGGCCUAUUACAUGCAAAUGCCAAUUGACUUUGGUUGGUCCACCGCGCCACUUUGGAAAGUCGAGGCGUCUUUUCACAAGUAAGCCCAAAGAAAACAGGGCAGAAGUGGGUGCGUCUGAUAUGAAAAGUGCAAAGUUACUUGUAUCGUAUCAUCUGGUUUUGUUUCCUUGAGAGUGCAAAUUUCACUUGGAUUAGCCUGCUGCUGCUAUGUAAAUAUAUUUACACUGUGUGUGGAGGCUCCUUUUUCUUUGGUUA